AUGGCGUGGAAAUCAUCUGGGGCGUGGAACAAGCCCAUCAUCAAUCUGCCCAAGCCCGCCAAAGAUGACUCGAGCUUCCCUGGCCUCAAGGUCACGAGCCCAGAAGCCGCCGGCACCCCGAAAAUCGAGUAUGAGGAGUUGCAAGAGAACGAGCUCAUGGUAUUGGAGGCCAUUUACGGUGACGACUUCGUGAAGCACACAGAUACGCAGAGCGCUUGGAAGAAAUCUGAGCCUUCGUUUGAUAUCCGGAUCCGGGCUUCUUCGGACGAUGAAUUUGUCGUUACGUUGGGCGUGGUGCUCACCGCCACUUAUCCCAAAACCCCGCCUGUCCUGACGCUCAAAGAUGCUGAUGACAUUCGCGAUGUCACUCAGUUCAAAAUCCAGAAGUAUCUCGAAACCAAACCCAAGGUCUUUGCUCAAGAACAACAGGAGAUGAUAGACCGUAUAGUGGAGGGAGUUCGCGAGAUACUCGAGGAUGCCUCUCAGGCCAAGGCCAAGGGGCAUAAGUUGCCUUCGUUGGAGCAGGAGCGUGCAGCCCAUGAGGCAGCACUCGCCGCACAGGCGCAGAAGCAACAGCAAGCUGAGGAGCGCAAACGGGCGGAGGAGAGCAAAGAGGAAGAGAGGGUCCUCGGUGGUCUGCUCCAGGAGGAACUGAAGCGUCAAAAAGACAAGGCCAAAGAAUCCAGGAGGAAGAGCAAGCCCAACGGGUUCGGGUCAGUCCCGCCCAUGGGCAUCGGCCAUGACCUUGAGGACGGCCAGAUUAUCUUUGAUCAACCCUGUCGUGCCACUGAUAAGACGGGCAAUGAAAUCUUCUUCCAGGCCGUCUCGGACAAGACUGAGCACGCCAAGGGGCCCAUCUCGACAGUCUUCGAUGUGCGGCCCGUGUUACCCAAUGGUCAAGAGCGUCCGUUGCUGGCUCUCAAGGAGACGCGGCUGCGGACAGCCGGCAAGGACACGUCUGUUUUCAAGAAGCAGAUCCAAUCCCUAGAGUCACUGCUUGAGUCCCUGAAAGCUGUCCGCCACAAGAAUUUGCUGGAUGUGCUUGAUUUCAGGGUGGAUCGGGAACAGGAAAAUGGAGAUGGAAAGGCGCCAAGCCUUUGGACAUUUACAAUCCUGACCCCUUUGGCAGAAAAGGGGUCUCUCGAGGAGCUUCUCGACCUUGCCGGCCAUCUUGAGGUUGGCAAGGUUCGCGCAUGGACCAGAGACCUUUUGGAUGCCCUCAACUUCUUGCACAACAAAUCUGUGGUGCACCAAGACAUACACACGGGCAACAUUCUUCUCUUCCGUGAGCCUACGGGUGAAGUUGUCCCCAAAUUGGCUGAUGCCGGAUACCAGCGAGAGCUGCACGGCAUGUCGGCCAAAGCGCGAGCUCUACCUGGGCUUGCCUCGGCCCGAUCCGCAUAUUGGUUGCCGCCUGAGAUCGCUGCCGUCUCACGGCCAAACUACACUGCCAAGACUGAUGUCUGGGACUUUGGUGUUGUCUUUCUGCAGAUGAUCUUCGGUUUGGAUGUGCCAAACAAGUAUCAUGCACCUGCGGCACUGCUCGAGGCACUUUCCCUUUCCAACCCCCUUCAAGAACUCACGACGAGAUUCUUCAAGCAAGACGUCAAAAAACGCCCGCGGCCCUUUGAACUGAGCUCGAGCGAGUUCCUGGCAACGGAUGCACCAGUUUUGGUCCAAGAAAGAAUAUCGAUUUCGAACAGUUACCAUUCGAAUGAUUCCUCACAGAUGCUCAUGCCGAGACUGAGGCGCGAGUCCACAAAUAGAACCAUGAACUCGUCGUCCAGGUAUAGGGAAGACUUUGUCGAGGAAGGCCGCCUGGGUAAGGGGGGAUUUGGUGAAGUUGUGAAGGCCCGGAAGAAACUUGACGGCCAGAUCUACGCCAUCAAGAAAAUCAGUCAGCGAUCACAGUCGAGCCUGACUGAGAUUCUCAAAGAGGUUCGUCUGCUGUCACAAUUGAGCCAUCCUGCUGUCGUGCGAUACUACAAUACUUGGGUCGAGGAGAUCCCUGACGUGUCAGAGUCGGAAGGCGACACAUCAACGGAUAUGGGCACAGAUGCCUCCAUGGAGACGCUGUCUCAGCAGCCUGAAAUUAUGUUCGCCACAAGCACAGGGGGUCUUGAUUUCAUGUCGUCGAGCGGAUACCCACAGGUUGAAUUUGGGUACGAGGAUUCAGACGGCCUUGAGGAUGACGAUGAUGAUGAAGAUGACGACGAAAACGAUGAUGACGAUGAAACCUCUUCGGACAUGGAAGACGAACUUGCUCCAGCCUCGCCGAUAAUUGGCAGAGAGCUGGGUGAUGGUAAGAGGGCUCGUGUUCAGCGCGCUUAUCGGACGGUGCUGUACAUCUCCAUGGAGUAUUGUGAGAAACGGACGCUUCGCGACUUGAUUGCCAGGAAACUUUAUCAAAACAAUUCUGAGCUGUGGCGACUGUUCCGUCAGAUAUUGGAAGGAUUGGCGCACAUCCACGGUCUUAGCAUUGUGCAUCGCGACCUUAAGCCUGAGAAUAUCUUCAUUGCCAGAAGCUCCGACGGGGUUGACAAUGUAAAGAUCGGAGACUUUGGACUCGCAACGAGUGGUCAAUUUGCCGUUGAUAGGGGCAUUGCAAAUGGCAUGGAAGCAGACGAUGUCACCAGAAGUAUCGGCACUGCUUCGUAUGCAGCCCCCGAGGUGCGUUCCGCCGCCAACGGGACAUACAGCUCUAAAGUCGAUAUGUACUCAUUGGGUGUCAUUUUCUUCGAGAUGUGCUAUCCCCCGAUGCUCGGCAUGCAGAGAGCUGAAGUGCUCGGCCAACUCCGACGCUCGCCAUCCAUACUUCCCUCUGACUUCAAGCCCGCUGAGCGCACUCAAACCGAGAUUAUACUGUCUCUACUGACGCAUAAUCCAAAGGACCGGCCAUCGAGCUUCGAGCUUCUCCAAAGCGGUAAGCUACCUGUACAGAUGGAGAGCGAGACCAUCAGGCGCACUUUGGCUGGAUUGGCGGACCCGAGUUCUCCGUACUACAAGAAGAUGCUCUCAACCUUGUUCUCACGGCCAGUUGAACAAGCCAAAGACUACGCAUGGGACAUGCACACGAGCCUGCCGAGCCAAGCCGAUCUCCUCAACCAAAACAUCGUCAAGAAGGCACUUAUAUCUAUCUUCAGACGACACGGUGCUCUCGAGAUGCCGAGGAGCUGCCUGUAUCCUCGAUCAUCACAUUAUGCGGACAAUGUCGUAAGGCUUCUCGACUCUAGCGGCACUGUCUUGCAGCUGCCAUACGACUUGACCAUGGGCCAUGCCCGAGCGUUGGCAAAACAGUCAGGAUCACCGGCGAUACAGCGAACGUUUACCUUUGGCAAUAUUUUCCGCGACCGACAAGAUACAGGACAACCCCAGAUGCUUGGAGAGGUCGACUUUGACAUUGUGACGACCGACACAUUAGACCUAGCGCUAAAGGAGGCCGAGGUUCUGAAAGUACUGGAUGAGAUUGUGUCUACUUUCCCCUCGUUAUCAUCGACACAGAUGUGUUUCCACAUCGGACACUCUGAGCUCCUGCAGCUCAUUUUUGAGUACUGCAGAGUAGAGCCCAGUUCUCGUCGUGCUGCGGCCGAUGUCCUCAGCAAGUUGAAUAUCCAUGGAUUCACCUGGCAGAAGAUUAGAACGGAACUCCGGUCUCCUUUGGUGGGCGUCUCGUCAACCAGCGUCGACGAGUUGCAACGGUUUGACUUCCGAGACACACCCAGCAAGGCGUUUUCCAAGCUCAAGACGCUUUUCGAAGGCUCUGAUACCUAUCAACAGGCCUCAUCUACUUUGGCCCACUUGAAGGAGGUUUCCGAGUACGCGAAGCGACUCGGCGUGGUGAGUAAGAUCUAUGUCAACCCUUUGAACAGUCUAAAGGAGAGCUUCUAUACCGGCGGUAUUCUCUUUUCUUGUCUCUACGACAAGAAGAUGAAGGACGUCUUUGCUGCCGGAGGUAGGUAUGACAGCCUCAUCAAGGAGCAUCGGCCCAAGGUCGGUGGACAAUAUGAGGAGCGGCAUGCUGUCGGUUUCAACUUGGCCUGGGAGAAACUGGCCAGAGUGCCCAAGACAGGAGGCAAAGCCUUCUUGAAGAAGACCGAAGAGGAGAGCCAGAGCAUCUUCACAGCAAGACGAUGCGACGUGCUCAUCGCCAGCUUCGAUGCCGCCGUUCUCCGAACUACGGGUGUGGAGAUUCUACAGAUUCUCUGGGCGCACAACGUCAGUGCCGAACUUGCAAAGGACUCACGAUCGCCCGAAGACCUGCUCUCUAAGUACCGCGACGACAGCUACUCCUGGGUUGUCAUCAUCAAGCAGGAUGCUAUGCUCAAGGUCAAGAGUCUAGGAAAGAAGGAUGUGCCCGAUGUCGACAUUGCCAUGGCGCAACUGCUAUCGUGGCUACGUGCUGAGAUACGUGAACGGGAUUCGAAGGCUGUCGUCAAGCUCCGAGGCAAUCAACAGGCCGAAGCGGCAGCAGCUGCUGAGAACCAUGUCGAGCAGGACGUGCGAGUCUUGGUGGCACAGACGAAGAGUAAGAAGUUCAACCGCCGAACUGUAGUUGAGCAGGCUCAGGUCAGCGCGUCCAGUUUGGUGCAAUCCUUCCUAGACGGCCCGAUCCUCGCCGUUGAGACAGCUGACCAAGUCAUGGAUUUGAUACGGGCGACCAGCCUGUCCGAUGGCGAAAGUUGGCGGAAGGUAGAGCACACGGUCACCACAGCCGAGAAGAAGUACGUCAGGGAGAUCCACGACAUGCUGAGCAACUGGCAGUGGGCAUGGGAGAAGAAGAGCGGCAGCCGUCAUGCGUUCCUCUACAACUUCAGGACGGGCAACUGCAUUUACUACGAUCUCGGAGCUUGAGCCUGUCCACCUUAGCAUUGCUGGAAAGUCUGGAAAGAGCCUGUGUUGGCCUAGAUAGGAAGCAAAAUGAACAUGUCAUGAUCUUGAAUGGGUGCAGUUGCAUUACUGGCUACUGCAUGCAACCUGUCAUGUCAACCGUA